CGAAGCCACGGUGGCCGUUGUAUAUGACUUCCGGUCUCAUCCUGUUCAGGCCCACCCCCUCUCAUGGAGAAAUAAUGGAAUCUCCCGUCUCUGGGAGAGGUAGUCGGACGCAAUGCGCAGGCGCAAAGGGAAGGGGGAGGGGCACAGAGAUUUGGUUCCUUUAAACUUGCUGAACUGCCGGCGCCUGCGCACAGGAUCCCUCCUGGGGUGGGGCUGCUUUUCACCUUGUUCUCCCACCCCCCACCCCCAUACGAACACAGAGACCACCACCACCAUCCCCUCCCCCAGUACUGCUUCCCAUCCUCUUUCCUUCCAUGAUUUUCCCAUCCCACUUCCCUCUCCGGUUCCCCCUUUCUGGUACUUGGAAAUUCCCAGCUACUUCAUUUCCCCAAGUGAUGAGAGCUUCCAGGUAAUGGCCUUUGGAGAUCGCCAGAGAACCAUGAUAUCCAGGACCUGCGAGAGGCUUUCCGAGAUUUUCUGCCCCUCCCCUUCCCCCGCCAAAUAUACAAGCCUCUUCGAAAGAAAGAAAAGACACCGGGAGCAUCUCGGGAUUGUCCACCCGGAGCAGCAGACUAGGAACCACUUUCGUAGAUAAUGAAGAGCCUAGAAAGUGUACACACACCCCAUCCCAAAAGAGGGACUCCAGCUGGGGCCGUGCCAGGAUUUGCUCUUCCUAAUCACUCUGCUUUUUGCCCCCUGUAGCUCUGCUCAGCAGGUGGUUAUUGUUCUCUCCAAGACCCAGGCACUGUCCUCCAUAGCUCCACUGACUGUGUUCCUUUGCAGAUGUCCACAGUUCUGCCAUUCUUCAUCAGAUGGCACUCAUUGCCUUCCCCAGAGGCCCAGCUCGAAUCACUGACCCAUGUGGAGUGACCACUCAGAAGUCCCUGCCUUGCCCAGCUGGGUUUACAGCCCAAAAGCCCAAUGGAAAAACAGUGGGAGGGCCUCAGUUCCCCUGUACAUCUGAAACCCUUUCUGUGUUUGCUUGGAUCCCACCACCAAAGGGAAAUGUGUCUUCCUUGCAUUCUUUUAACAACGUGUCUAUACCAGAUUCUAGUGACUCCAUAUUGGUGGCUUUCUUUCCUUUCCAGCAUUCCAGGCAACUCCUCUGUGUCUGCCUCUCCUACCUCAGAGCUGUCCCCUAAAGGAUCCCUAAGGAUUGGAAUUGUGUUAGAAUUGGGGGAAAGGAUGGGUGGAACCAGCUGUUCAGGGCAGGACUGGUCCCAAGAGAGAAGAUUCCAGACUCCAGUCCCAUUGUCCUUGGCCCUCUUGGCCCUCUGAGAGUACCCAGAGAUCGGUUUAACCCCAGCCCCACCAACUUCCUUAAGGCUAACUAAAGAUUUCCCUACAACCCCCCUCUUCCCCAAUAUUCUUAACCCUGUAAUGGUAAUAAGAGACCCUGAGCUGUCCCAACAUCAUUGUCAUUCUAUUGGUGUUGGACACCAUAGGGAUCAUAGAGCCAGGGCUAGAAGGGAUGAGAAGCUGUGUAAUCCAACCUCAUCAUUUGACAGAGGAGGAAAUUGAGGCAAGCAGAGGUGAAGUGACUUGCCCAAGGCCACUCAGUUAAUAAAUAGCUGUGACUAGCCCCCUUAUCAUUUGUGUCCCCUUUGUAACGGAUUGAUAUCUGCAGCCUAUCCCAAUAUCUUUUAUCUGCCAACAGUAUCUAUCCACCCACCUUUCAGGUCACUUGGGUGUGGGAGGGGGACAAGAUGAGUCGAGGCCCAGCAGCCACCCCAGUGGAAGCCUUCAGCAGGGGUUUAGCCCCACCUGGAGAUCCCAGUGCCACCCCUUCUACCAGUGCUCGGGUUGGGGGCACUGUGAAGGUCUAUUUGCCCAACCAACAGCGCACUGUGGUGACUGCACGGGAUGGGAUGACUGUUUCCGACUCAUUGGACAAGGCACUGAAGGUUCGGGGGCUGAAUCAGGAUUGCUGUGCUGUCUAUCGCUUGGUACAGGGCCGGAAGACAGCAACAGCCUGGGAUGCUGCCAUCGCUCCCUUGCAUGGGGAAGAAUUGACUGUGGAGGUCCGGGCUGAUGUCCCCCUUGCGGCAGCCCACAACUUCGCCCGGAAGACGUUUCUGGCUCUUACCUUCUGUGACUUCUGCCGCCGCUUCCUCUUUCAUGGAUUCCGCUGCCAGACAUGUGGCUACAAGUUUCACCAACACUGCAGUGCCCGAGUCCCCACCAUCUGUGUCGACAUGGCUACUGCCCGCCAACCUUUCUACCGCAGUAUCCAGGAUUUGGCUGGAGGGCCCCGUGCUCAUGAGGUUCAACCAGACAACCAGGCCCUCUGUGAGCCUCUCACUCCAAAGAGCCCCAGUACCCAAGCCCAGACCUCCCAUGGGGGGGAAGCCUUUGCUUUCCCUGGGCCUGGAGGCCCAGCCUUACAGAGGAUCCGUUCUACAUCCACACCUAAUGUGCACAUGAUCAGCACCACGAUGCCUGUGGACAGCAGGCUCAUCCAGCAGGCAGCCCAGGCCUUCCAGGCUACUGAAGGAACAGGUGGUGAGAGGAUCCCUCAAAGCAGUCCUGGCCUUGUUUCCCCUCCUGGAAAGAAAUCCCCACACCCCAAGGCUUCAGCAGAGCCCACUGAGCGCAAAGCCCCAGCCUUGGCUGAUGACAAGAAGAAAGUGAAGUCCCUGGGCUACCGAGACUCAGGCUACUAUUGGGAGGUGGCACCAGGGGAGGUACAGCUGCUGAAGAGGAUCGGGACAGGCUCAUUUGGGACCGUGUUCCAUGGGCGCUGGCACGGGGACGUGGCGGUGAAGGUGCUAAAGGUGGCGCAGCCCACUGCUGAGCAAGCCCAGGCCUUCAAAAAUGAGAUGCAAGUCCUCAGGAAGACUCGCCACGUCAACAUCCUCUUGUUCAUGGGUUUCAUGACGAGGCCUGACUUUGCCAUCAUCACCCAGUGGUGCGAGGGCUCCAGCCUCUACCACCACCUCCAUGUGGCUGAUACUCACUUUGACAUGGUGCAGCUGAUUGAUGUGGCUCGGCAGACAGCUCAGGGCAUGGAUUACCUCCACGCCAAGAACAUCAUUCACCGAGAUCUCAAAUCCAACAACAUCUUCCUGCACGAGGGACUGACGGUGAAGAUUGGGGACUUUGGGCUGGCCACAGUGAAGACCCGGUGGAGUGGAGCCCAGCAAGUAGAGCAGCCCACAGGCUCUGUGCUCUGGAUGGCCUCAGAGGUGAUCCGAAUGCAGGACAAGAAUCCGUACAGCUUCCAGUCAGAUGUCUAUGCCUACGGGGUGGUUCUCUACGAGCUCAUGAGCGGCAGCCUCCCCUAUAGCCACAUCAACAACCGAGACCAGAUCAUCUUCAUGGUAGGACGAGGCUACCUGUCCCCAGACCUCACCAAGGUCUCCAACAACUGUCCCAAAGCCAUGAGGAGACUGCUGGCAGACUGCCUCCGCUUCCAGCGGGAGGAACGGCCCCUCUUCCCUGAGAUCCUGGUCACCAUCGAGCUGCUGCAGCGGGCACUGCCCAAGAUCGAGCGCAGCGCGUCGGAGCCCUCGCUGCAUAGGGCCCAGGCUGAGGAGCUCCCCUCCUCCCUGCUGGGGGCCCUGCGCCUCUUUGGGCCCUAGUGGCCCGGGGCCCCCCCGCAUUGGGGCCCAGCCUGAGCAGCAGCGACUCCAGCUUCUACAGAGCCAGGCCCGGAGAGCGAGGGAAGGCGGGGUUUCAAGGCCCAAGGGAGGAAGAGAGCCGCCCGCCCCCCCCCCCCUCCCGCACCUGCUGUCUCAUUCCCUGCACACACACCCAAGAAGCACAGGAGGCUGCCUGGCUCUCGCUUUGAUCACUUAA